UUGUGGUGUUUUGUGUGUGCGAUUUGACUGAGUUUCACAGUUCGUACGGUCGGUCUUUCAGAGCCGUUUCUUUCUUCAUUCACAGUCAAAUGCAACGGUGAAAAAAAUUGGAAUCACUUUGUCGCGUACAAACGUGUUCUAACACAGUAGCGAACAGAACGUCGCGGCGAAAAGACACACGCGCUGUUCUCCUCUCUAUUAUUAUUAUUUUUCCAAAACAAAAGAAAAAAAAUUAAAUUUUGAAAAGAAAAACCACACACAUACACCAACCACAAAAGAAAGAAAGAAAAAACGUUUAUUACUAAAAAAUAAUAACAAGAAAUAAAUACAAGUUACAAAUUGUAUUCAAGUCAAAAACAAAUAAAUAUUGAAAUCAACAACCAACCUCAAAAAAGAAAAAUUAUUACAAUUUAAUAAGGUUGGAGAGUAUCUGUUUACAACAAAAAAAUAAGAAGUUUGAAGUGCAAUAACGAAAAGCAUAUUUUCAAAGUUAAACUUACAAGAAGCGCAAAAUUGAUUAAACAACAUUAAAAUUUGAAAAAAAGCAAAACAACAAGUGCAACCAAAAAAAAUCAAAUCUUAAAAAGAAAACACUUAUGAACAACCUCGAUUUAUCCGGAUAAUACCUAUGGCCAAUAUUGUAAUAUCACAUUGCCUAAAAUGUUGAUACCAGUGUCAUUUGAAAUUUAACUUUAAUCCAAAUCGGAAUUUAAAAUGAAUCUGUAGCACGAAACCUUUCAAUUGGAUAGCCAGUGAUAUUUUUAUGAAGACCCAGCUUUAAAGUUUGUAAGAGCUCGGAAAAAGCAAAAAAAAAUAGAAAACCUUACAACUACUAGGAGGAACACAUUUCCCCCCUCAGGAACCUUAGUGUUCUGUAGCCACAACGUUUUCUUUUUAGAGAAAAACGCUUAACAAACACUCCAUUCCAAUGUUGUCGUGUUUGGUGCCGUCGUCAACAUCACGUUUUGGUCAAGAGGAUAAUAUUAUAAAUCAAAGUAUGCCCUCAUCGCCAGCAUUCACCAUGCAAUUUCCUUCAUUGACCUCCACAUUACAUCAUCAUCAUCAGUCAAAAAGCAGUAGUGCCGGCAGCACCACUGUCGAUGAUGAAAACUCCAAUGGUGCCCCAGCUUCAUCGUUGGGCGCCACUUCGCCAACACCACAACAGACGGACUUUAUGGUUACAUGUCCACAGUGCCAUGUGAGAUUAAAUGGCUUUGAGUCCCUGCGCGAUCACAUUGCCAGCCAACAUCCACAUGACAAACUUAAUAUUGAACCCUCCUAUCCCAGUCCGCCAGCUGAUCGUGAGCACUUGAAUCAAACGACUGGCGAAAAUGUCGCAGCAAACACAAAUACCGUCGACAGUGAUGACAGUAAUCAAAGUUCAAGUGAAUCGAAAAUGUUCAAUAACAACAAUAACAAUAGUCAAGAAAAGAAUAACAAUAGUAUUAAUGACACACCCAGCCAUCAUAACAAUCCUUCCGCCCCCAAUACACCACCACCCUCAGUAGUUGGUGGACACCAGCAACAGCAUAACACCACCAAUGGACUAGGAGAUUUAUCUACAUCUCCCUUUGCCAGUCAUUUGCCUCACAAUUUGCAUCCAGCAGCUGCCGCCCAAUUCAUGGCUGCCCUGGCCAUGCAGCAGCAGCAACACCAACAACAAAAUUCUGGCAAUACUUCACCCACAUCCCAUUUAUUAGGUGGCUUCAAUGGUCAUCACAAUCUGCCUACACAUCAUCAUCAUCAUCAUCCACAUCAUGCAUUGGUCGCCGCCGGUCAGCAACAUUCUUCGUCGUUCGUCGAUAACGCAACCAUGGAUACAAUGCGUUCCACCUCCAGUCCCGGUUCCUGUGGUGGCAGUGAUAACAAUUCGGCAGCCAGCAGUAUAAGUCCACCGUAUCAGUGUAUGCACUGUACGGCAUUGUUUCAGACACGUCAUGAACUGGAGAAACAUGAACUAAUGCAUUCACCCAAUGCGCAAUCGCCACAGUCGCUGAAUGGUGUUAAUCAAAGUUGCAAAAUAUGCCACAAAGCUUUUGCCAAUGUCUAUCGCCUGCAACGUCACAUGAUUAGCCACGAUGAGUCGGCUUUAUUGCGCAAAUUCAAGUGUAAUCAAUGUGAUAAGGCCUUCAAGUUUAAGCAUCACCUCAAGGAACAUGUGCGCAUACAUUCCGGCGAAAAGCCAUUUGGUUGUGAUAACUGUGGCAAACGUUUCUCGCAUUCCGGCUCCUUCUCAUCGCACAUGACCUCCAAGAAAUGUAUUAGCAUGGGUCUGAAGCUCAAUAACAGUCGUAAUCAUUUGAAAUCCGCCAACGCAUCACCGAACAGUCUUAAAAUAUCCUCGCCAAAUGGUAAAAGUGAUGCAGCCAAUAACAUUGUCAACAACUUAACCAAUCCCAUGAACUAUUUUGCUGGGGAUUCAAGUGCUGCUGCCGCCGGCACCCCUCCAACCAAUCCAUUCUAUUCAAAUUUGCUACCCAAAUAUGGUGAUUAUAAUAGUGCCAUGAAUGCUGCCCUACUAGCAUCAUUCCCCAAUCCAUUCUAUAGCAUGGCAUUGGAUCCGCGUAUACACCCAUAUAGUAUACAACGUUUAUUGGAAUUGACUGCUGCUGGACAGCAGCAACAGCAUAACAAUCAGGAGUCCGAACAACAGUCUCAAACACUAACACCACCACCACAAUUCGGCCAUCAAAAUGAUGAGGCUGAGGAAGAAGAGGAAAAUAGCAAAGAUUUGAAAAUUUCCAACAGCAGUAAUGCCGAUGAAGAAGAAGACAUACACUCAGAAACUUUGGACCUAAAUGAAGAAGAUAAUCUGGACGAACCAAAAUUGGUAAUGGAUUUGGAGGCCAGCGAAGGGGAUAACAAGGAAACCGAACAGAACACCUCAAUCAACAGUCAAGAAAAUGAAAAUGAAGUUAAAGAAUCUCACCAAGAAACACAAGAAAACGAAGAAUUUGAGGCAUCACAAAAAUCAGAACUCAAUACCAAAUCCAUUAAACAGGAACAAACUGAAAGUCGUGAUGCCCCGGAAUCUCCGGUAAAUAUUACCACACAAAUUAAACAGGAAAACCUGGAAGAAUCUGAAGAGCAAUUAGAAAUCGCUGAAAAGGAAGAGGAAUCGGUAGAAGUGGAAAAGCCCUCCGAAGAUCAGAAUAAUAGCUCAAUUGCCGAACUACGUUGCAGCCGUUGUGAUAAGAAAUUUAAUCAUCCCACAGAAUUGGUACAACACGAAAAGGUAUUAUGUGGCUUUAUUAAACAGGAAUUGGAGCAACAAUAUCAGCAGCAGCAGCAACAAGUUUUGGACCAAUCCCAAAACUCCAGCUCCUUUAUGGCUGCUAGUGAUGUUGAAGAUGAGCAGGAUGAACGUGAUUCAAUUUCACGUAAUGAUUGUUCCAGUGGCGGGGAAAGUAAUGCCGAACGUAAGGUCCGUGUUCGCACUGCCAUUACCGAGGAACAGCAGCAACAUCUCAAGCAACAUUAUGCCAUCAAUUCCCGACCGAGUCGUGAAGAAUUCCGUUUGAUUGCCUCUCGUUUGCAACUUGAUGCUCGCGUUGUACAGGUGUGGUUCCAAAAUAAUCGCUCGCGUGAACGUAAAAUGCAAUAUAACAACAUUAACAAUAAUAACAAUAACCUGAAAGCUGCAUUCCCCUUGCCCCCGUUGCCACCAAUGGCUGGCACAGGACAAACGCAAAAUUUCGAAGAAGCUCCUUUAAGCAAACCUGUUACAAAUUCCGAAGAGUUGCCAUUGGAUUUAUCGGUGAAGCCUCAACGAAAUUCCGGUAAUGGUCAACAGCAACAUUCUCCGUUAUAUGGUAUUGCUCCACUGCAGACAGCAAAUGCCAAUGUGGCUGGAGAUUUGGCCGAAGCCAUUAAUCUAAGCCGCAAAAUGUCACCGCCCACCUCAUUAUCGCCCAACUCUGCUGCCUCCGUGCCAGCAGUUUUCAAGCAACAAGCUCAAGCUGCAGCUGCUGCCGCUGCUCUCUAUUUUGCAGCACCCUCGCAGGCAAAUGGUGCACCCAACUUACCUCACAAUAUGCGCCAGACGCCCUCACCCAUUGAGGCUCCGCUCUUGGGUCCCCAACAGACUUCAACGCCACGUGGUGCUGCUGCAUUCCCUUCAUUCUCUCAAUUACCUCCAUACAUGAUGCCCGCUGCCAUGGCAGCUGCCCAGCGCAGUCUUAUGCCCAUGGAAGCUUUAUUUCAAAUGACACCCGGCUCAGCAGACUAUGCCCGUCAACAUCCGCUAAUGAACAGUAUUAAAAUGGGUCCCACUCUCGACUUCAGAGGCAACAGUCUAAGUCCUAACUCCGAGAAACGUUCAUGGCGUGAUGAUGAUUCACGGAUAUCACAUGAAGAUGAAUACGCCCACGCUCAGGCCCAAGCGGCGGCCGCACUUAUGCCACCCAAACCCAAGCGGGCCAAGGCCGAGACCCAUGGCCAUGCCGGUGAUCCUGAUUUGCCUUUCAUUUGUGAUCAAUGUGAUAAAGCAUUUGCUAAACAAAGCUCGCUGGCGAGACAUAAGUAUGAGCAUUCCGGCCAACGUCCCUAUCAGUGCAUGGACUGUCCCAAGGCUUUCAAGCACAAGCAUCAUUUGACGGAACACAAACGUUUGCAUAGCGGCGAAAAGCCCUUCCAAUGUUCCAAGUGCCUAAAACGUUUCUCACAUUCCGGCUCCUAUUCACAGCACAUGAACCACCGUUACUCCUACUGCAAACCAUACAGGGAAUAGGUAAGCG